CAGGGACCAUAUUGCACACCAACGUCUCAAUCACAGAGUCAGACAUCAUCAAAAAUAUGUCCAAAGAUAUGUUGUUGGUCAAAUUGGGAAACUUGGAGCAAGAGUUGCCCUUCUUGCCCUCUUUGUGGCGGAGGAUCUGUCACAUGUACAAAGACUAGGACCAGACAAGGACCGAACUGCACACCAAUGUCUCAAUCACAGUAUGAAACAUCAACUAAAAUGUGUUCAAAGAUGUGUUGUUGGUCAAACUGGGCUACUUGGAGCGAGAGUUGCCCUUCAUGCCCGAAGUCUUGUAAUAGAGGAUCUGUUAAGUGUACACGGACUAGGACCAGACAAGGACCAUACUGCACACCAAAUCCCCAAUUACAGACCGAAGUGUCGACCAAAUUAUGUACCGAUAUACCUUCAUGUUGCAAUUCGAAGAGUUGGACAUCAUGGAGUUGCUCACCUUGUGGCAUAUUUUCAUUUCGGGCAUCUGAAGAUAGAAUCACAGAAUAUGACCGACAGCCGUCCAUAAGUAGAAAUUGUAGAAGUAAAAAAGAAUGUAUCCGUCGUUUUACGUGUUCUUGUCAAUCCUUGGCUUGUACGAGUGACACACAAACUAGAACAGAGGUGUGUUAUUACGUAACACCCAUAGGCCGGUGCAUCCGUGAAUAGACAUUACAGCUUGCAAUGUACAGAGUAUGAAAUAAUAAACAUAUAUAUUCUGCAUAUAAUAUGGGUUAUGUCUUCAUUACAUUUUGUAGUUGUUUUUUUGCAAGAUAAAUGAAGUUUUUUUUCAAACAUAGCUUGUGAAGAUGUGUCC